CAUGUAUCUUUAGGCUUCAUUUAACGAGCCCAUUACGCAGACUGCACUUUCUGACUUUGCUUCACGAGCGAAGCUGCGGCAGGCAUGGCCGCAGCCAAAGUCCUAUUCUCAGGGGCAGUUGAGGGGGAUCUGCCAGGGCUCUUCAAGAAGGUGGAGACGGUAAAUAAAAAGAAUGGCCCGUUCGAGGCGCUCUUCUGCGUGGGCCAGUUCUUCGGGCCCGGCGCCGACACCGACGAGCCCAACGAUGCGCUCGUGGCGUACGUGACGGGCCAGGGGCCCAUCCCCGUUCCCACCUACUUCAUCGGGGGCUUCGGUGCGGGCAGUCACGCUAUUGUGGAGGCGCUGCCGGCCGCCAAGGCGCCACUUAAAUACCUGGGCCGCUCAGGCGUGACGGUGGUGAACGGCCUGAACGUGGCCUUCCUGGACGGCACCUACAACCACGCCGUGUUCACGGGCCGCGGCGAGGCGCCGCCGCCCACCCCCGUGUGCCGCCACUACACACCCGACGACGUGGGGCUCCUCAAGUCCCAGCUCAAGGCGCUGGAGGGCGAGGUGGACGUGCUGCUCACCUGCGAGUGGCCGCGCGGCCUCACCACAGGGCUGCAGGGCGAGCUGCCGGCAGGCUACCGCGCCGCCUCCUCGGGUUCCAACAUCGUGUCGGAGCUGGUGGCGCUGGCGCGGCCGCGAUACCACAUCGCGGGCGGCGAGCAGCUGGCCUACGCGCGGCCGCCCUUCAGCCACCGGGACUUGGGCGCGGGGCAGCGGGUGACACGAUUCGUGGGGCUUGCGCCCAUGGCACACCCAGCCAAGGCCAAGUCGCUGCACGCGCUGGGUCUGACGCCCGCCUCCGCCCUGGAGCCGGAGGCGCUGGGGGCGGUGCCGGAGGGGUGCACGCCCUCGCCCUUCGAGCUGAGGCAGGCCAAGAGGGACCAGGACGAGCUGACCGCGCCCUCCGACUUCAACCGGUGGAGCGGCGUGGGCCCGGGCGGCGCUGCCAAGAAGCCGCGCCGCGAGGCCGCAGCCGCGCCGCAGGCCAUUGCGGGCCGGGCUGACGUGCCACGCGAUCCCUGGAGCACAGUGGUGGUCAAGAACCUGCCGUGGGCGGCGGGGGAGCCGGAGAUCGUGGCGUUCUUCGCGCAGGCCGGCAAGGUGGUGAACGUGUGGCGCGGCACCAACGCGCGCGACGGGCGCGUGCAGCACUUUACGCACGUGCAGUUCGAGGCGCGCGAGGGCGCGGAGCGGGCGCUGCGGCUGCACGACACAGACAUGGGCGGGCGGCAGGUGGUGGUGGAGCCGUCCACAGCGGGCACUGCGGGCAUGGGCCGGCAUGCGCGCGAUGCCGAGGGCGCCGGUGGCGGCGGCGGCGGCGAGGCGGUCGUUGCGGGCAAGCCCGUGGACGGCUGCUGGUUCUGUCUGGGCAGUGUGGCGGCGGACACAGAGCUGGUCGCAAGUGUGGGCGAGGAGGUGUACCUGGCGCUGGACAAGGGCCAGAUCACCGCCGAGCACGUGCUGCUGGUGCCCAUCGACCACCACCCCUGCUCCGUGGCGCUGUCGCCCGGCUGCUUCGCCGAGGUGGAGCGCUACGUGUCGGCGCUGCGCUCGCUGUACGCCAGCCUGGGCCGGGAGCUGGUGGCGUUCGAGCGGCACCUGUCCCUGCGCAACAAGGGCGGGAACCACUGCCACAUAAACGUGCUGGGGGUCACGCCCGAGGCGGGGAGACGCGCCGGCGAGGCGUUCCGCUCCGCCGCCGCCGCCGCCGGCUACCAGCUCGAACACAUCCCCGCGCCGCCACGUGGCACCGGGCCGGACGAGCUCCUGAAGCAGCUCAAGACGGCGGUGGGUGGGCCGGACAGCGAGUACUUCAUGGCGCUGCUGCCGGACGGCUCGCGGCUGGUGCGCCCGCUCAUGAGAGGCGAGCGCUGGCCCAUGGCUCUGGGGCGCGAGGUGCUUGCGGACCUGGCUGGGGCGCCGGAGCGGGCGUCUUGGAAGGCCUGCGCGCUCACGCCGGAGGAGGAGGCGGGCCGCGUGGAGCGGUUCAAGCAGCUGUUCAAGCCGUACGACAUAAUGGCGGGGGAGGAGUAGCGGGCAGCUAGGGGGAAGGCGUGGGGUCUGAGGCUGGGUUUGACACGCACGUGUGGCGGCACGGUCGAGUCCGGGGCGGGAGGUGGUGUGGGCGCACGGCCGCCGGCAGGAAGCGCGGGGCACGGGCGCACAGCAGCUGGGCGGAGGAGUGUGUGGGUGCUCUGUUGGCUGGGGGCGGGGGCUUGGCAUGUGCGGUUGGGAUAGCUGGGGUGAUGGAUGGCGGAGUUGCGCAGCAGGUUGGGUUGCUGACGUGUGUGGUGUGCGGGCGGCGUUGAUGCGGCUUUGGCAUGGGCAUUCAUGCGUGGAGCAGGCGCAGGCGCAGGGCAGGUUUGCGACAGCUGCGACAACUGCUGAGGCUUGCUGUAGCCACGCAUAGGAGCAUCUGCGAAAGUAUACCGUAUUGCGUUGAGGGUCACAUGCUGCGUCAAAGUGGCCUGCUGCCUGUUGACUGCCGUGCGGCACGGCACGGCAUGGCACGCCACGGGGUCGGCGCACUGCGGUUGGUUGAUGUGUUUGUGGGCUGGUCACAGGACCCUAGGACUAGAAGCCGCGCACGCUGCUGCACGUGUCUAUCUGUUGCGCGUGUGCACACGUACGGCGGUCGGGAGGGCUUGCGGAGCAACUCGCCUGUUGACAUCGGCGGCAUGUGUGCGUUGGUGACCGCCUCAGCGGGUGAGCAUGAUCACACACGGCAAGUCCCAAGUACUUCCUUGAGUUUUCUCCGAGACGAGCCUCUACGCUGGCUUAUCGGGUGCCCCUCAAUCCAAGCGAAGUCUCUGUUCAUGUGAUCUAAGCUUUUAACACAUCAUUGUCAUCAAUG